AUGGAUUCCUCAGCAAGCCACAUUUUGGAUGAUAAUAAUUUUGAAAUGUUCUCAGGUGCAGCAUCAGAGGUGAUUCCGUCGUCAAUAACUUCUUUGCACUAUCCGCAUAGCUUUGGAAAUAGAAGAGUUUCGGUAGUAUCACGAGAAACGUCACCCUUGCUCAGUGCAGAUGAAAACAAUAUUGAUUUACGGUCGGUGAGCUCCUCUGCUUCGAGAAGAUCAGACGAGACACAAUCUCAAUUUAGGUUUUUUUCCCCAGAUGAGAUUGAAAUGGCACAAGGUGGCUCCACAAUAGAGAAUCCGGAGGAUCCUGUUGAUUAUAAUACUGAUUGGGAAUAUUCCAUUGACAAGUUUGUUGGUGAUGAAGAGUCACUGCAAGCAGAAGCAGUUUUCGAAGACGACUAUUCGGGAAGAAUGCAAAGCCCAGAAGCACCCGAUUACGGGUCAAUGAAUUUUGAGCGACGGAAUCGUCGUGAUUCUGAUGCAAGCAGUGAUAAAUCCGACUUGAUCAAUGAAAACAACGAUGAAACAAAUCACAUCGAUAAAAACUUCUAUCAACAAUUUCCUGCCAAGCUUCAUUCUCAGAGAUAUUAUCUAGCAGAAGAAGAUAUAGUUGUAGGUAUUGCUGGAUAUCGCAAUUGUUGGUGGAAAAGAUAUUUGUAUUACUUGUUGUGUGUUGGUACAUUCGGGAUAGGUUUUUUGAUUAUGAGGUGGCUUCCUAGAUAUAGAGUGAACUUUAUGGGCACUAAAUGUCCACUAGGCUCGGCAGAUUGGUGCGUUAUUGAAAAUGAAUUUGGUGAACUUCAAAUUAUAAACGUCAGGAAACAACGAUUCGAUGAAAGGCUUUCAAACUUUUUAACCAUCCAUGAAGAUAAAGGACAGAGUGAUCCAGUAAUACCUUAUGUUCACUCAUUCAUCUACAGGUAUAUCAAAUUUUUCUACGAUCCAAUGGAGGAUAUUUUCCGGACAAAUUCCAAUUGGUAUGAUACUCGUUGGCUAAACUUGAAAACCAUCAAAGAAGGGAUUUCACAAUCUCUUCAAGAGCAGCGACUCGAUGUUUUUGAUUACAAUAAAAUUGAGAUUGAAGAAAAGUCAAUCUUGCAAUUGCUUGCUGAUGAGGUUUUACACCCUUUUUACGUUUUUCAAAUAUUCUCUAUCUUUUUGUGGCUUGCAGACAACUACUAUUAUUAUGCCUCAUGUAUAUUCAUCAUUUCAAUGGUGUCCAUCGUCAACUCAUUGAUUGAAACCAAGUCGACUAUGAAGAGGUUGCAGGAAAUUUCAAAAUUUGAAUGCGAAGUAAGAGUAUGGAGAAACGGAUUUUGGAAACAGAUUGACUCAGUGGAUUUGGUACCUGGUGAUAUUUUUGAAAUUGAUCCUUCUUUGAGUAUUAUUCCAUGUGAUGCUUUACUUGUUAAUGGAGAAUGUGUUUUGAAUGAAUCAAUGUUAACAGGUGAAAGUGUGCCAGUCACUAAAGUGCAAGCAACAAAGGACAUUGUCAAGCUCUUGCCGCAAAAUUUCAUUGAUCCCAAUUUAUCGCGAUCUUACUUAUUCAAUGGUACAAAAUUGCUCAAGAUGAAGUCGCUCAAUGAUGAACCGGUUAUUGCCAUGGCCUUGAAAACAGGCUUUAGCACAACAAAGGGAUCUUUGGUUCGGUCAAUGAUGUUUCCUAAACCCACAGGAUUCAAAUUUUACAGAGACUCUUUCAAGUACAUCGGGUUUAUGACCCUAAUUGCCGCGUUAGGAUUUACCUACUCCACUUACAAUUUUAUAAAGCUCGGACUCAGUAAAAGGUUGAUGAUAUUGAGAGCAUUGGACAUAAUCACAAUUGUGGUACCGCCAGCACUUCCGGCAACCUUGACAAUUGGAACUACAUUUGCCAUUGCCAGACUUAAAAAGUUGAGUAUAUAUUGUAUCGCACCAACGCGUGUAAAUAUUGGUGGGAAGCUAGACGUCAUUUGCUUUGACAAAACUGGAACUUUAACAGAAGAAGGGCUAGAUGUUUUGGGAGUUCACCUAGCCAAUAACGCAAAAGGAAGAAAAGAAAUCGUAUUUGAAGAUUUGGUGACCGAUUCAUUACAAAUUAAGCAGAAUCGCGGCCUAAGUCAUGAGACUAAUAAUGGUGGUUUCUUGUUGCAAUGUAUGGCAUCGUGUCACUCCUUGCGUCAUAUCGAUAAUGAAUUAAUGGGGGACCCAUUAGACGUGAAAAUGUUUGGAUUUACAAAAUGGAAAUACGAGGAAGACCAGAGUUCAGGAUUACCCAUUGUAUCGAAAGGAACUAACUCCGUUAAAAUUGAGAAAGAAUUUGAGUUUUUGGCACCAUUGAGGCGUAUGUCCGUGUUAUGUAAGUCUAAACAGGGAAGAUGUAUAUUCACCAAAGGUGCACCGGAAGUAAUGAUAGAUAUAUGCCUACCAGAGUCAAUACCUUCAAACUAUGAGGAGCUACUCCAUCACUACACACAUUUGGGCUUCCGGGUCAUAGCCUGUGGAUACAAGUAUGUUGACGGUUCAAAUAUUGAGAGAGUUGAUGCUGAAUCAGAUUUGAUUUUUACAGGGUUUAUCAUUUUUGAAAACAAACUCAAACCCUCUACGGCGCCCACUUUGGACAAAUUAAAUGACGCAAAAAUCCGCACUAUUAUGUGUACGGGUGAUAAUAUAUUAACUGCUAUCAGUGUGGCAAGAGAAUCAAAGCUCGUUCCAGAUAGCAAUUGUGUCAUAUACGUUCCAUUCAUAGAAGCAAAAGACGAUCAGCAGUAUAUUGCAUGGCAGGAUGUCAAUGAUCCCGAGAACAGGUUAGACCCUGAAACACUCAAGCCUGCUGAUAUAAGACAAGACUCCCAUUAUAGAUUGGCCAUUACUGGGGACAUCUUUAGGAUCCUAUUGACGGAAAUCAAGGACGUUAAUUUAAAUCAAAACAUUUUGAUGAAGUGUGAUAUAUUCGCAAGAAUGUCACCAGAUGAGAAACAUGAGUUAGUUGAGCAACUACAAAAGAUUGAUUACACUGUUGGGUUCUGUGGUGAUGGUGCAAAUGAUUGUGGUGCUUUGAAAGCUGCAGAUGUCGGAAUUUCUCUCUCUGAGGCUGAGGCAUCGGUUGCUGCGCCCUUUACUUCCAGAGUGUUUGAGAUUUCAUGCGUGCUUGAUAUCAUUAAAGAGGGAAGGUCAAGCUUGGUUACAAGCUUCUCGUGCUUUCAAUACAUGUCGUUAUAUUCCGCGAUUCAAUUUAUCACUGUCACCAUACUUUACAAAACAGGGACCAACUUGGGUGAUUUUCAAUUUUUGUACAUUGACUUGUUUUUGAUUUUACCUUUAGCAAUUUUCAUGUCUUGGUCCAAGCCAUAUUCUAAAUUGGCAUUGAAGAGACCCACCGCAAACUUGGUGUCGCCAAAGAUACUCAUUCCCUUGGUUUGCAACAUUGUGCUUCUUUUGAUCUGCCAGAUUUUUAUAUGGCUGUGGGUCAAGAAAGAACCUUGGUAUGUAAAGCCAGUUCCUGGAAGCGACGAUGCAGUUGAAUCUUCUGAUAACACCGUGUUAUUUUUGUUUUCCAAUUUCCAGUACAUUUUGAUCGCAGUGAUCUUGAAUCAAGGACCUCCUUACCGUGAACCUAUUCAAAAGAAUGUGCCAUUUUUAUUGAACUUGGUGGCUGCAAUAGCAUUAUCGACGGCUCUAUUUUUCGUGAAUGUGGAUUCAAGCUUUGGUGAACUAAUGCAAUUGACAAACCUUGGCGGUUCUUUUUACUACUUCAUUUUGAUUUUAGCCAUUUUGAACUUUGCACUCAUGGUUAUCGGAGAAAGGUUCUGGUUCCCUCGACUCGUCAGCGUGUACAAGAGAUUGCUCCAACGCCACAAAAUAGGAAAAAGUAAAAAGCUUUUCAAAAACUUGCGUAAAGAAUUCAAUCAAAUACAGAGUGUUUAG